UGAGGUUUAGUUCUUAUUAGACCGCCGUACAAUUAACGUCGCAAAAUUCGGACAAUUAAUCGGUUAAAAGUCAGAAGUCGGUCAAGUCCAAAGGACAGUAAAAAUGGAGUUUCUGAGUUACAACGCUUAUAGGCGGCCUUAUACAUUAACCCCGCCUUGGAGUGAAUAUCCUCCGUUUAUUGGAUUAUCUAAGUACGAAGGACACUAUCAAUUUAUACAGGAUGACUACCCGCAGUUUCCAACGCCGCCGCACUCUACAUCACCCCCAACUUUAUAUCUGGAUCCAUCACACAGCGAAAAAGAUAGAGACAUUUCGUCUGCAGCUCCAGAAUCAUCAAGGACUACUUCGGUAAUCAUGCGUGUGGCUGAUAAGUCUAUUGUUGAAGUACGACCGAAAUCCACAAACAUUGAAGUUGAAGAAGAAUUUGUUUGCCGUUGGCUGAAUUGCUCAAAAAUGUUUGAUACGUUGGAAAGUCUUGCUGCGCACGUUACGCAAACCCACGCCGUUGCUUCUGGAGAUGGACUUUACUACUGCAAAUGGGAGGGUUGCUCGCGCAUGGAGCGUGGCUUUAACGCGCGUUAUAAAAUGCUAGUCCAUGUCAGAACGCAUACCAAAGAAAAACCUCAUCAGUGCCCCCAGUGCGAAAAGAGCUUCUCGCGGGCGGAAAACCUAAAAAUACAUACGAGAUCUCAUUCGGGUGAAAAACCCUACGUUUGCCCAGUGGAAGGGUGUACAAAAGCAUAUUCAAACUCGUCAGAUCGUUUCAAGCACACAAGAACUCAUCUUACGGAGAAACCCUACGUCUGCAAAGUACCAGGAUGUCAAAAGCGCUACACAGACCCCUCAUCACUCCGCAAACACGUGAAAACCUUCAAGCAUACAAGUCUCAUAGAAGAGAACAAAGCCAAGGCGCAGUCAGGUGAUCAUCUCGUGGACCAGACACCUCCUAAGGAGACGGGAGCAUACCGUAUAUCGCGAGAUUCCGAAGAAGCCCAACCCAGAAUUCCGUAUCCCGAAUUCACGAGUCGACUGAUCGAAAGGACCCCACCGUGCAGUUGCAGCUAUGAAUGCCUAAACAGCUAUCAGCACCCGGAAAUGUACAAGUUGGAUGGCUACUAUGACGGUGUCUUUUUGUCAUACGAUCGUCGCUUCCAUAUAAGUGACGAUGCGGUCUCACCUGCCCCACCAGCUCCUUAUUGGGGAGUGCAAUCAAAAAUUGUCGAUACGCAUUGCAUGAUGGAACCAAUGGAUUUGGAUAUGGACAUGGACGUUCCGUUGGAUCUCAGUGUGCACCGCCAUACAACGGGGCACAGAUAACAGUUGGGUUUUAGAUAUAAGUGAUUGUGCUAAGUAAUAUUAUGAGAUACACCGGGACUACUUAAGUAAAUUAUUUAUAUUUUA